GCACUCCUGGUAUGAUAGUUCCACAUGCCAUAGCCAUUUCCUAUUGCGUAUUGUGCAUUGGGAGCUCCGUCCUGUACACCGCAGAAGGACUCUAGAGUGGUAUUCGCAACUUCCGAGACCCCAUGGCUAUCGGUGAGUCGGAAAGGCCCUUUGAGAGCUCCAGUGCCUGGAGAGAGUCUAUCGAUUCCGACUCCCCAGGCAAGGAGAAGCAGCGUGAAGGCGAAGGGGCAGGGCCUCGUGGCAGCACUGCCCUUGGAGCGAGGUCCAAAGACCUCCGAUACAACAAGCCUAAGGGCUUUUGGCCACGCCUCUUCAAGCAUUUCAAGCGGUACUGGCUGUGCUAUGGCCUCCUGGGGUUCAUAUUCCUGGCAAUCUUCUUGCCCGUAUUCUUCCUAGUCAUUAUACCAGCGAUUGCGCAAAGGUUGGUCGAUGAUGCUGGCAUACCAAUCCACUCGGCCGCUAUCAUGCGACCAACCCCUGAUGGCUUGACCUUUUCGCUGUCCGCAUCUCUAAGCGUUCCACUCGGAUUGAGUGUUCGGAUCGAUCCCUUCGACCUGAGUCUCUUUAAUCGGGAUGUGGUGCCGAGGAAGCCAUUCGUGACGGUUCCGCUCAAUGGACUCCGCCUGAAAGGGAAAUCAGACAUCACCAUCACCAACCAGACGACUGAAAUCCUGGACGAGGACCAGUUCACUACGUUUUUGGCCAAUGCGGUUUAUUCAGAACGAUUUACGUUAUCAGCUUACGGAAAGGCGACGGCUCAUCUCGGAAAGAUUAAAGUCCCUCUGAAACUGGAUAAGGAUAUAGAACUAGACGGUCUCAAUAUGUUGAAGGGCUUCUCUAUUGACUCCGCUCGCGUGGCUCUUCCACCAGAGGACGAUGGUUCGAACCUGCUUGGGCAAGCGACAUUGCCAAACUACUCUGUCGUUACCUUUGCUCUGGGAAAUGUCACUCUAGAUCUUAAGAUCGAUGAUAUGAUUUUAGGAAAUGGUACCAUUAACAACGUGCUGCUGAAGCCAGGAAACAACUCAGUUCCAUUGCGUGCCGUAGUGGAUAUCCCAAACGCGAUCAGAAAUAUCGGGCCCAUUUUGGCCGCAGAGACGGAGGCCCUGAGCCAAGGAAAUGUGAUGAUCUCGGCAUCCGGCCAGUCGACUAUCUACGAGGGGGAACAUAUCUCGUACUUUGAGAAGGUGUUGAACAACCUGACCAUCAGCGCCAACGUGCCCAUUCUCAGGGGGAUCAACAUCGCUUCCCCAGUUUCCCCACCCUUGAGUGCCGCCAACAUCCUACCUGCCAAUGCAGCGCAGGAAUCGGCUUCAACUGGCGACGGCAGCAAUAGUGCGACGCAGGAGCCAGAGGUAGUGAGCGCAGCAGCCAACAUCCUGCCUUCCAGUGCGACACAAGAACCGGCUGCAACUGACGGCAGCGACAGUGCACAUGCCACAGUAGCAGAAAGUGACCAAAGCACUGAGGGAUUGGGCAUUCCACUUCCUACCCUUCCCUCAUUGUCUCUGGGCGACAUUCCUAUCCCAACCGUCUCAAUUUCCACCACUAUCAAGGCUCCCCCGACCUCGACCGUCUCCGAGAAGGUCACAGUAACUGAAAAGAGCGCGGAGUCGACGCCCACGGCGUCCACGGGUGGCUCGGGGCUUGACCUGGAAGAUCUCCUAACAGGUGUACUGGGUGGCAGCGGCUCUGGUGGAAGCUCCGCUCUCUCGGAGAUCGAAGACGGGAUUAAGAAUGUUCUGAGCCUGUUCACGCCAUCGUUUAUCACGGAUGCCACCACACUGGUCAGCCAAGCCUCCGGGUUCUUUGACAAUGAGACGAUGCAAGAUACGAAGGCAAUGAUCAGCACCAUCGCCAGUAUCAAGCCAAUGCUCACGUCGAGCAACAAUAACAACGGUGGAAUUGAGGGGAUCACAUCAUUGAUUGGCAAUGGAACGUUCUUGAACGAUAUUGACAAUAUUCUGAAGGAUAUUGCUGCUCUACCAGCCAUAAUUGGCGAGAUCAUCAACAUAUUAACAAGCGAUGAAGUCCAACAAUUCCUCCAGGAGCUCCCUGAGAUUCUGAACAAGAUCUUACCGAUCCUCAAUCCCGACUUAAUCAAAGCUCUGGAGUCGCUCAUCACGGACAACCUGACACCAGAGCUGGUGAAUGACUUGUCAUCAACACUGGGCGCCCUGCGUCCGCUACUCCAUGAUAUUCAACCGAUCCUGUCGAACCAGACCAUGGAGCCACUCCUGAACCUCGUGACGACCAUCAUCUCACCGACCUUCAUCAAUGAGAUCGAAGAGGUGCUGAAGGCCUUGCCACCAAUCAUCAAAGAUAUCCUGCCUCUCCUUGGAUCGGACAUUAUUACUCCGCUAGUGAACCUGCUGAAGGAGAUCCUCACCCCCGAGUUCAUCAAGCAGAUUUCGUCCCUGCUCAGCGACCUGCCUGAUCUGUUCAAUACCCUUGUGCCGUUGAUCAAACCCGUGGAAGAACUGAUUACCGAGAUUAUAACACCAGACUUUAUUAACGAGAUUGGGUCCUUGAUCAAGGCUCUGCCACCCAUCGUUAAGGAGCUUAUACCUCUGCUUGAGCCUCUCGGGAACCUGCUCAAGGAAGUCUUAACGACAGAGUUUGUGAACGACAUCAAAUCAUUAAUUCAGGCUGUACCAGGUCUUUUGGACACCAUUCUGCCGCUUGUGCCGAAGAUUGAGGAUCUACUCAAGAAGAUUCUCACACCAGAGCUUAUCAAUGCGCUUGAAUCGGUCCUGAACGCUGUACCAGAUCUGAUCAACAGCAUAUUACCGCUGGUGCCGGACUUAGUGAACCUGGUUAAGAAGGUUCUCACACCGGAGCUUAUCCAGUCCCUUGAAUCGAUUCUUGACGCCGUACCAGGGUUAUUAAAUUCUCUGUUGCCGCUCCUGCCGAAGAUUGAGGACUUGCUUCAGAAGGUCCUAACGCCGGAGCUCAUCAGUGCACUCGAAUCAGUCCUCGAUGCCGUGCCAGGACUGAUCAAUAGUGUGUUACCGCUUGUGCCAGACUUGGUGAAUCUGGUCAAGAAGGUUCUCACACCGGAGCUCCUAAAGGUUGUCGAGUCGGUUCUCGACGCAGUACCAGGAUUGGUGAAUACUCUAUUGCCUCUUGUACCUAAGCUAGAGGAGGUACUGCAGCAGGUCCUGACCCCAGAGCUAUUAUCCGCCGUCGAAUCGCUCAUUUCUAAAGUUCCUGGUAUUAUCAACACGAUACUGCCACUGAUACCAUCGCUUGAGGACCUGAUCGUGAACCUUCUCACACCAGAGUUCAUCAGUCAGAUUCAGAAGGUCCUGGCCGCAGUUCCUGGAUUACUCAACGCCAUUCUACCCCUGCUUCCACCCAUUGAAGAGCUCAUUCCGAAGAUCCUCACCCCUGACUUCAUUUCUGCCAUUGAAUCGGUACUCGCGGCGGUCCCGUCGAUUAUACAGGAUGUGCUGCCAUUGCUACAGGGCGAUAUCAUCAAGUCGUUGGUGCAGAUUGUCACCGAUAUUGUCACCCCAGAGUUCAUCAGCGAUAUCAGCAGUAUUGCAAGCCUGAUCCCGCCGUUGGUGCAUGACCUCGUUCCAAUCUUCAACAAGGAGCUCAUCACGGCGAUUGAGAAGCUGCUGGCGAGCAUCAUCACCCCAGACUUUAUCAACGAUUUGACGUCUCUGAUCAACGCAGUAAUCCCUGUGGUGGGAGAUAUCAUUUCUAUCAUCGGCAGCGAUGCCGUGAAGAACCUCAUUGCAGGACUGCCAGAUAUCAUCAACGGUAUACUGCCAAUCCUGAAUGUGGACAUUAUUCUGGCCCUCGAAAAGGCUCUCACUGGGCUUGUCACUAAGCAAUUCGUUACCGAUGUCGGCUCGGUCCUGGCAGCGGUGCCACCAUUAUUGCACAGCUUGGUCCCCAUUUUUGGCACUGAGCUUCUUGGACCUGUGGAGAAUGUUAUAUCCACAUUGUUGACGCGAGAAUUUCUGGGAGACGUAGGAGGGCUGGUUGAUACUGUGCCACCCCUUCUCAAUGACACCAUGCCGUUGUUCCACAAGGACAUUAUCGUUCCAGGAGAAAAUGUUCUCAAGGAUCUGAUUACGCCCGAGCUUCUGAACAACGUUGGGUCUGUGCUUAAUGAAGUUCCGGCCAUUGUUCAGAGCUUGAUUUCAGUUGUCGGCAGUGAUGCGCUUCUGAACAGCCUUUUGCCGCUUCUGAACGGAGACCUCAUUUCCAACCUGGUAAAUGACUUGACUGGCAUUCUAACGCCCGACUUCAUGAAUGAUAUCAACACACUCCUCUCUUCAAUCCCAGGCCUUGUACACUCCAUCCUACCAAUCUUCACUGGAGACACCCUCACGACACUGGUGCAAAACAUCAUCCCAUUGAUCAAGGCAGUUGUAGCUUUGUUGCCAUUGCUGACCAAUAUUCUGGGAUCUAUAUGA